AGAGAGAGAGAGAGAAUGAGAGAAAGAGCGAGAGAGAGAGAGAGAAAGAGAGAGAGAGAGAGAGAGAGAGAGAGUCGUCUUCCGUCCUGACUGUCAUCUACAGGUCUGGAAGUCUCACCCACACGGCGCGGCGCGCUCCCUGACUCUUAUUUAUUUAUUUCCCCUUGAUGCGCGCCCCCUCUGCGAAAGCCAGAGCGCUCUCACUCUCUCCUCUCCUCACUUCGUUUCCUCUCCUCCUCUCGACAGCAUCCAGAACUAUAGCGCAACCGUCCCCAUCACUCUUUUUCCUCCCCUCCUCCUCUCUCUCUCACUGCCAGAUCUCUCUCCUCUGCGUCUCUCACCCCUUCGCCCUCCCUCCCCCGCCUCACCCGCACUCCAUCUCCACAGCUCAGUCCCUCACUCCUCUGACGCACGGCAGAGAAACGGACCCGAAGAAAGAAAGACAAAAAAAAAAAAGAAAGAAAGACAAUCAGCAGCUGACCCAACCGCCGAUAUGAUCCACAGACUCUUGCUAUUGCUGCACCGACCAGAGGCACGGUCCUGAAGCCGAGAGGAGAACACUCUCACCCGGCUGCACUGCUGUUGAGCGCUCGCCCGGGAGGCAGCGGCGGCAGCGGCGGCGGCUGAGGAGAAGGAGGAGGAGUAGGAGGAGGAGGAGGAGGAGAGGGGAGGAAGAGGAAGCGGACGGGCACAAGUCGAGGACUUGCAUUUUAAGCAAACUGCUUAGAAAAAAAUAAGAGACGAGAAAGAAGGAGAGAGAGAGAGAGAAAGAGAGAGAGUCAGAGUCAUCGGAGAGCGAGAGUGGGAGAGAUUGCAUUCCUAUCACGUCUUCAUUUCUCCCCUCUCCUCUCUUUUGCUUCAGCCACUGAGAGUGAGGGAGAGAGAGAGAGAGAGAGAAAGAGAGAGAGGGGGGGAGAAGAAAGAGAGAAAGAGAAAACGAGCAAGAGAGAGAUCUAACAAGAUUCAAACUAGUGGUCUUUUUUUCCCCGAUGCUUUCCAAUCGCAGAACGAAACUAAGCCCGGCAUCGGACGGUGAGCGGGACGCACCGGGCAACAACAGGACACGCCGCAGGAGGAUAUGUGAAGUUGGAAUCCCACUAAACUAAUGCUGUGAAGUGGCUCUGUCCCUGGAGCCGAGACUUCAUCCCCUUGGUGUCAGCGAGGAUGCUGUGGGUUACCUUGCUGAGCACCAUAGCCUUAGGAUGGACCACCCCAAUCCCACUACUAGAGGACUCCGAGGAGAUCGACGAGCCCUGCUUCGAGCCUUGCUACUGCGAAGUCAAAGAGGGCAUCUUCCACGUCCACUGUGACAGUAAAGGAUUUACAAAUGUCAGCCAGAUCUCACAGAUAUGGAGUCGGCCCUUCAAGCUCAACCUGCAGAGAAACUCCAUGAGGAAGCUUUACUUUAACAGCUUCCUCCAUCUCAACAAUGCCAUAUCCAUUAAUCUGGGUAAUAACGCCUUGCAAGAUAUCCAUGCUGGGGCGUUCAAUGGCUUAGGAAUACUCAAACGGCUGUUCCUACACGAAAACAAACUAGAAGUUUUUCGGAAUGACACUUUUCUGGGUUUGGAGAGUUUAGAGUAUCUCCAGGCGGACUACAAUGUUAUCAAAAGGAUUGAAAGUGGUGCAUUCAGGCACCUUCACAAAUUGAGAGUGCUCAUACUGAAUGACAAUCUGAUCCCCGUGCUCCCAAAUUAUCUUUUCCGGUCUGUGUCACUCACACAUCUGGACCUGAGAGGAAACAGACUAAAGACAUUGCCGUAUAAGGGGACGCUGGAGUAUGUUGGGAGGAGCUUAAUGGAAAUCCAGCUGGAGGAGAACCCCUGGAACUGUGUGUGUGAGAUUGUCCAGUUAAAAACAUGGCUGGAGAGAAUCCCUUAUACAGCUUUGGUAGGUGAGAUCACAUGUGAGUACCCAUUCCACUUACAUGGGAAAGACUUAAGGGAAAUCAAGCGGAGUGAGCUCUGUCCGCUACUCUCCGAUGCAGAGAUUGAAGCCAAGCUGGGAAUUCCCCGGGUCCCAUUUAGCAAUGAGAACACAUGGCCUACUAAACCUUCCUCCAUGCUCUCUUCCUUUCACAACACAGCAUCUUCUGUGGAGUACAAGGAAAGAGUUGUCAAGCCUACCAAACGACCUCGGCCCACAAAGAACCCCCCAACCCCUCGUAGCAUCUAUCCAGGCAUCAACCAACCCCCUAUUGCUGGCUACCAAACAAGGCCUCCCAUCCCCAUAAUUUGUCCAGCUGGAUGUAUUUGCAACCUUCACAUCAAUGACCUGGGGCUAACAGUGAACUGUAAAGAAAAAGGCUUUCACAACAUCUCUGAGCUCCUUCCUCGGCCGCUCAAUGCCAAGAAAUUGUACCUCAGUGGGAACCUAAUACAGAAAAUCUACCGUUCUGAUUUCUGGAAUUUCUCAAGUUUGGAUUUACUGCAUUUAGGAAAUAAUCGGAUAUCCUACGUCCAAGAGGGCGCCUUCAUUAACCUGCCAAACUUGAAAAGUUUAUAUCUGAAUGGGAAUGACAUUGAAAGGCUCACACCUGGGAUGUUCCGCGGUCUUCAGAUGUUGAGUUAUCUUUACUUUGAGUAUAAUGUCAUACGUGAGAUACAACCUAACUCCUUCUCCCUAAUGCCAAAUCUCCAGCUGGUUUUCCUCAAUGACAAUCUGUUACGCUCCCUCCCCACUGACGCCUUUGCUGGCACCAACCUUGCACGACUCAACCUCCGUAACAACUACUUCUUUUCCCUGCCUGUACGUGGUGUUCUGGAGCAUCUGACCUCCAUCGUCCAGAUUGAUCUCCAUCAGAACCCCUGGGACUGCUCCUGUGAUAUCAUCCCCCUGAAACAGUGGCUGGAAAAGCUCUCCUCUGUCAUCGUGGUUGGAGAUGUCAUCUGCAAGACACCUGAGUUUGCUUUUGGGAAGGAUCUGCGUUCACUGGACGUUGAGGUCAUCUGCCCUGAGCUUAAGUACUCUCCUUCGCCAGCUCUGCCAGGUGGGGAUGACCUCACUACGGGCAGCUCUGACAUGGGAGAGGCAAGUGGGAGAGGAGCUGUCCCACUCUCUGUCCUCAUCCUCAGUCUACUCAUCCUCUUCAUUGCUGCUGUGUUUGUGGCUGCCGGGCUUUUCGCUUUUGUUCUCCGACGCAGGAAGAAGCUGCCCUUCCGGAAACGUUCUGAGGUAGAUCUGACAGGGAUCCAGAUGCAGUGCAGGAUUUUUGAGGACCCACCAAGGCAGAGUAGUGCCGGUAACACUGGCACACCGGAGAAACCAACACCCAGUAUGCACACACACACUCACACUAGUCACACACAUGCCCAUGGUCACGUUUAUGAUUACAUCCCCCACCCUGUGACUCAGAUGUGUAAUAACCCCAUCUAUAAGCCGAGAGAGGGGGAGAUAGCAGAGGAAGACAGAGCGCAGUUUUCAGAGAAGAAAGACAAUGGCAGCAGUAGCAACAGUAACUACAGAACCUUGUUAGAGAAAGAGAGAGAAUGGACCCUGGCCGUCUCCAACUCUCAACUCAACACCAUCGUCACAGUCAACCACACCACGGCUGACAUGGCAGGAUUUCAUGAGAAUGGAGGGCUCUGCCCUACAGUGAUUGACAGUCAGAGGCCCACGCCGACAGUGGGCUUUGUAGACUGUUUGUAUGGGACAGUACCCAAACUAAAGGACAUGCAUGUGGCGCAUGCGCACCCACCAGGCAUGCAGUACCCCGAUUUGCAGCAGGAUGCACGGCUGAAGGAGACAUUGCUUUUCACGGCGGGGAAAGGCUGCUACCCCGACCCGUCCCAAAGCGAUUACCUCGAGUUAAGGGCCAAACUUCAAACCAAGCCGGAUUACCUCGAAGUCUUGGAAAAAUCUUACCGGUUUUAACAUCUCUAGCCCACGGAGAAAAAACAACAACAACAUUAAAAAAAAAAAACAAAUCACAAAGUCGACACAUUCACUUUGCCACCCUCAAAACAAAAACCACCCAAAACCAAUAGUGAAAAAUAAACUUGAAAAAGCAGCAUGAUAUAAAAUAAAAUAUUAUAUUACAGUUACAACAACGUUUCCCCCCCAAAUCACUUUGGAGGAGAGGCCAUUCUCAGAUAUUUCAAUGAAGUGCCUUUUUUUCAGAGUAGCCAGCAAAGUCAACAGCCGUUAUUUUUAUAAUAUAUAAAUAUCUCUAUAUGCCCAAGAGAGAGCAAAAGAGGAACAAGAGGGGCACCGGGGAAUAAAACAUACAAAACAUCCUAAAAUACAUCUGUCACUAAAACCCCUUUUUAUGGAGUUACCAUGAUGUGCAAGAUACACGGGAGCUGGACGUCUCCCUGACUUGGUGGUUUCCUUUCUGUCUCUUUUACCCCUGACUAGGAUGUACAAACACCCGGAGGCCGUGCACAUAAAGUUUGCAGGAAAUGAUCGAAAGAGAGAGAGAAAAAAAUACAUAUAUAAAAUGAACUGCAGUUUGCUGCAUGCACUCGCUUCAGUGCAGGAAGCGAGGGGAUUUACUCAGAACUAUCACAUCACAUUAUGAACAGAGAUACUGCAACGCAUUUACAGUUCAGUGUUCUAUUUAAUUUUUAUAUCUUAUUAAUAUGGUUAUUACUAUUAAUGAGGACUUCUGUCUAUAUCAGGGUGCUUCUCGUAAAAAGGACGCGCCGACGCACGGAUGGUAAAACAUUUGUGAAUAUUAUUAUAAGACAAUACUCAAGGUUUUCUGGAUAUUUCCACGCACUUUGUUAAGAACCCCCCCUUCCCUCCCCCUCCAUUGCUUCUGGAUUCCCCAUUGUCACCCACUAACGGCUUUGUAGGAGGCACUUUUAAUGUUUUCUCUCUCACAAAGAUUUGAAGAAAAAUGUGCAUAUAUUUAUUCUGUAAUUUCAGUGAAGAAUUUAAUUGUAAAGGUAAUGUUAAAUCAAUGUAUAGUGAUUAUGCGUCUGGUAUAGCCUUCUUAAUAAAAACAAAGUCUUCAAUCAAAUGAUGAAGGGGUUGAUGCCACGGGAACCUGUGUUUGGAGCGCUACAGACAGGCUGUGCAUUUGAUGUCUUGUUAAAAUGGCAUGUUUAGGAUGUGGCCAACCAUCAUGCGAUAAUGCUCCUGGAGAUGGAAGAAUAGCUACUGAACCAAUAGAGUGCUAGACAGAAAUGUAGUGGAGGGCAAUAACAUUGAAAUUUACUUCAGCUCCUCAUUAUUUUCAGAUUAGCACCAAAUCAAAUAAUAGAGUGAGGAGUGAUGACGGGGCGAACAGAAAGUUAUUUUUCUGGAAAAUAUAAUAGUUUUUUUUUUUCUGUCUAUUGGUAGUUUUUCUAUGAUCUUCAGCUGCUGGAUGUCAUAGCAUGCAAUUUGUAUCUGCCACUACAUUAUUGGUGUCAACUGAAGGUAAAAGACACACAAAACGCAAUGCCAGAGCAAGUCAAGUGAAUGCUGCUGGUUCUGAAGUGGAUGAUAAGAGAGGAUAUACCAAAUCAGUGAAGCAAGCUGUGAUUUUCAUUAUCUUAACGGGUACUGCUGAUUUAGGCUAAUAAACAGUAAUUGAGAGGGUGAGUGAAAACGUGAUUGGAAGUAGCUCUUUGCAGUUGCGCAUCUAAUUUCUGACUCCCUCUAAAGCAGCAGUGUGGGUCCACUCCACUGGGGGGCGAUAAAAAGGCUCUCAGACCCAUUAGGCAUUUAGCAGGCUGGAUGCAUUUAUAAUGUAAUGCACAAUUUGUUUAUGCUAAGAGGUCACCAAGUCUCAUAUUCAGUAUGAAUUAUUUUCAGAAUAUCUAUAUAUAAAACUUACAUCUGGUAUAAGAUCAUUUUAUUCAUUUCAUCUGUUCUGUCCUUAUUUUUAACUAAUUAUCUUGAAAAUGGCAGAAUAAAGCAGGUAAUUGUAGCUGUGUCAACAAAAUCACUUUUCUUUUUUUUUUGAAGAGAACAAUCUAAAAAGAUCAGUGUUUUUACAUAUUGGUAUUUUUUAUUUUUGUUCAGGAUUGUUGAUCACUGACAUUUUGUGCAUUGAAAUUCCCAGUGGUACAGUGGUAACUUAAUUUUCAAUUGUCUCCUCCACAGCAGCCAUCAUCUGCUAAUCUUUUUGCUGUGGCAUUUUUCAUAUUUCAUCUUUCCCUAUCCUAGCCUGAUUCUGUUUUGGGACCAAAUAGUACAAACAGGCAAAAAAAAAAAAAAAAGGUUGAAGCAGCUGUGGAGUAAAUAUGGUAUUCACAGUACACAUCAUCAUCACAAGGUGAAAUUUUUAAUUUGGGAAAAAUACGAUGCAAAUCUUGAUGUCUAUAAAUUUGUGAUUAUCUAUGAAAAGGAGGUUGCAUUUCUGUUUUGUUUUAAAAUGGGCAUGAUAUGCAAAUUUGCUUUGAUUUCAAUAGGUUUACUAGGAGUGGUGAUCCUCAGUUGUAAUUGGGUGUUAUAGUUUCUCAUAUGUGUCAGCGUACACUAAGUGAAAGAUAUGUAGCAAACCACAUACUUCCCUGUUAAAUGGGAAGGCCCUUAGCUAGUCUAGUCAUCUCCAGUAUAGAUCAUCAAUGAUCCGGUCUUCAAGCUUAUAAUACAGAACAUAUUACCUUGUGUUGUAUUCAUUGUUUGUUUUUUUUUUUUUUAUAGUUAUUGUUGCUCAAAUAAGUGAAGUUCACCCUCAUAUAAAGCCUUUGUAAGCAUGGUAUAGCAUUACGUCAAGGCUCUUUGUUUUCUACUCACAGAAAGUUUCACACUGCUGUACCCCCAUGCUCUGCUGCCCCGCUUCAUUUGUCUGCUCUUUUUUUUUUUUUUUUUUUUUUUUUAAACUUUCUCACUUAUACACUGACACACACAUACGGACAUGUACACACACACACACACACACACACACACAUAUAUAUAUUUAUAUAUAUAUAUAUAUAUAUAUAUAUAUAUAAAGCGUUCCUUUCCCUGACCAAGAGGUUAGACUAUAUGGUCAGCAUUUUCAGUGUGCACUCAGUUUGAUUAAAAACAUAAUGCAUUACUCUGUUAACCCCAACCCUCACCAUCACCCCCAACUCCCCAAAUGAAUAAAUAAAUAAAGUUUUGGGAUCAUUGAUGAUUUUGCUAUAGUCCCAUAUCUUGGCAACCUUUUAUCCUCUACCCCUCCCCGUCACCCAGCCACGAUAAUAUUUCACAAAUGAGUGCUGGGCUUUGUCCCGUUAUACCAUGCUGAGUGGUUUCAUCCCAAUAAAUCCUCUUGUUAUCCUGCA